AAGCAGAUAAUAGUUCAAUUGUGCAAAGUGAUUCUAUUUCAAGCCAGGAGACUUCUAGUAGUGAUGUUCAUAUUAAUAACAAAAAGCGUUCAUCAGCAGUUUGGAAUGAUUUUAACUUAAUAUCUUCAUCUGAUCCUAAUAAAAAUAAAGCACGAUGUGUUCAUUGUAAAAAAGAAUUUUCUCAGAAAAGAUCAUCAGGUACUACACACUUACACCGGCAUUUAAGUACUUGUAGUAAAUAUAAAAUAGCAACUGGAUUACCUACUUCAGCAAAUACACAACAUGAUCCAGACAAUGAUAUGCAAUAUACUUUUAAUCAGAUUAAAAAUUGGGUUUAUUCUGAAGAAAAAAGCAGGAACGAUUUAGUUAAUAUGGUUAUUAGAGAUGAAUUGAGUUUUCAAUUCGUAGAACAUACUGGAUUUUUAAACUUUAUUUCAGGAUUACGACCUGAUUUUAAAGUUUGUAGCGCUGAUACCAUUAAAAGAGAUUGUUUAAAAUUAUAUCAAGAUCGCAAAAAUUUUGUCAAAAAUAUUCUGCAAAAUAUCUCUA